AUGCUAAAGCCCAACUACGUUCGGAACAGAGACGUUCUCAAGCGUCAUUUCAAGGCCUGCAAAGAGAGGCUUCGGGCCGACGUAGAGAUUCCGCAACUUCCUCAAAACACCAGAGGCAAGAAGAAGACAGCCUGCGAUCGUUGCAGUCUUCGGAAGCGAGCUUGCAGCUCUCAGUGGCCAUGUCGUACCUGUCUAAAAGACAACAGGCCUUGCACGUAUACAGCACAGAUUGCCAGCGAUGAGAACGAUACUUUGGCUGCGCAUGAUACACAACGGGAUACAUCACCUAUGGCAGACAACAACCGCAGCGAUGCUAAAUCAGGCACUCUGACGGAACGAUCCAUGGCCCAAGAAUCUCCAGUCCCGACCACACCACUCGAUGCGCGCGCUUCCAGAAACGACCUAUUUUACAUGCCUGCAACUGGAGGCGGCAUUCUAGAUACAUAUCUAGACGAACCCCUGACCGACGAGUUAGACCUAGGUGGUUCCUUCCAUUACCAUGCUGAAGAAGCGCCCGACCUGCUCAUUCCCGACCUGGUCUACUCCACAUUCGACUUCCCAUACGAGACCCAGACACAGAACACGAUCAAAUAUCACUUUAACUAUAUGAAAAGGUUUACCAAGUUCGCGGGUCUGGCGCAGUCCUUCGAAUGUGGCUCACUCCAAGAACGACAGUUACUACUCCAGCAGAUCCGGAGACCAAACCUCGGGUGCGAUGGUCGCAGUUGGGACAAUUACUUGCGCUCGGUAUUUCCCCUAACCGCAGAGCCUAAGAUAUCAUGGCGCACUAGCCAGACCCCUUCUGUCUCGCUCUCGACCGAAUCCCAAUACAGCCUCAAUAACCGGUCUGACGAUCAACUCUCCAGGUUCCAAGUGGGGGAGUCUCUUGACCUGACGUGCAAGAUUGUCGCAAUGCUUAAAGACAUCACCAUCAGCAAACCAAGAGGCAGCAAAAUCGACAUCUCUUGGUCCAGCUCCAUCGAGUUUUCCUGCCACAACUUCUUCUCCCCUCAAAGACUACAAGACAACCUCGAGCUAUUCUGGUCAUGCUGGUAUCCCAACUGGCCCAUCAUUCACAAACCAUCCUUCUCGACCUCCAACGCAUCACCCUUGCUCAUCGCCGCCAUGGCCGUCUUGGGAGCAUGCCUCUCUCCGUCGCCGAGCGUCCGCGCGAACGCCAACAUUUGGUUCAACAGUGUAGAAGAACUCGCCUUCCUCGACGAGGUUCUUCUUGAUGAGUCUGUCACUGUUAACGAUUCCGUCUCAUGUGACGAUGACGCGGUCUAUAGGCGUCUCGAGGCGAUCCAAGCUGCCUACUUGGUUUGUCUGAUACAGUAUUGGGAGGGUGUGAAAUCGAGUAAACGUCGUAUUCGGAGGAAUAGGUAUGCUGUUGUCUUGGAUGCAGCAAGAGACUUCGGUUUGGAUGAUCUUACCCGUCAUAAGCUGCCGGUUGAUGAUUCCUCCACUUUCAGCUGGAAAAGGUUUGUAUUACUGGAGAUGCUUAUUCGAACCGGGACCUACAUCUUCCUAUUCGAUGGUGCGUUUGUCAUCUUCCACAACUCACCUCCGAGACUCGUGGUCGCCGAGAUGAGAAUGAGUAUCGUCUGUCCCGACUCCUGCUUCCAAGCGUCCUCUCAAGAAGAGUGCUUCGUCCUCCUACACAAUUGGACCUCGAGCGAACCGAGACAAGCUCACAUGCGGGUCGUCGAUCUCGUCGAGGCCAUGUGCAACAACUACCUCAGCGACGAAGAAACUUGCGAAGGUCUAGCGGGUCUCAGCAUGCUGAACCUGUUCACGGCCAUCACUGCAUUACACACCCUCGGGUUCCACUACGAAGUAUCUCUCGCGCCCAACAGCGGAUCGUGGCACCUUCAGAUGGGGCUGAACCGAUGGAUUUCGCUCUACGACCAGGCCGACAGCUGGGUCGCUGAAAAUUCACCCGGUCUCCUGCUGUGCGACGAAAUGUGGCGACGGCUGGGUUUCAUACGCCACGCAAAGGAGUUUUGGAUGCUUGCUCAGUUGAUGCUGGAUAAGUCGCAAAUCGAGUUGAACACGGCUGGCCCAAGUGGCGGGCCGUUUGACAAGACCCGAGGUACGGUGUAUGACGAGAAUACCAUGGAUUAUGUUCACAACUUGGUGCAAAGUCUCGGAGACUUGAAGAUAGCUUAG